UCGCUCUUGUUGCAGCGUCCUCCAGUCUCGACUGGCCACGCUCUUUUAAUCCCUUUUUGGUUCCCGUUUUCCUUCUUUUCCCCCGGUCCGGUCCCUUAAUCCAUCCCCUCGGGGUCACGAGUCCCUGCGCAAACGCCUCCGUUUCUUUUUUGUGCAUCCUAGCUGUCCGCCUGGCUCUCCAGGCCGCAGAGGCCGUGUGUCAGUUAUCGAUAUUGUAUUGUUUCAACAGUAUAAUAGAGCUUCACCCCCGCACCCCCCACUCCUCGCAAACGACCGACUUGUCGCACCCGUUAGCCUGGCGGUCACGGCCGUGUACGAAAUCAGAAGAGAAAGAAGCCAAACAAGCAUCCAUCAAGUCGCUGUGUCGCCGCCGGCAUCUGCAACGAAAGACAGGGGUUAAAAGCAGGGGAAAAACAAAAGACCGAGGCAGGAACGGGCAUCGACAACGAGGCCGCAAGGAAAACGGCGGAAAAGGAAAAGGAAAGAAAAAACGAAACCGGCCGAAACAAGAAACAGAUGGACGAGUUGCGAUUUCGGUCGCAACAGUCCCCGAGGAACGAUCAGCACACCAUGAACUCGCUCGUCUCGCCGCCGCGGAACUCGAACCGCCACUCGCAGAACUUUAGCGCCCCCCACGACCCGCGCUCAACACUCCCCCGCCGCUUCACAACCGACUCGGGCCGCGUGCCGACACUGACCAACAUUGCCCCGCAGCGCGGCCCGGAGUCGCAGCAGGGCUUUGCCACCGAUGCUGCGAUCCACAAGGUGCAAUUGCUAGAGAAGAAGCGUAUGGAGUACGAGAAACUCCGGGAGCAGAAGCGGCGGUUCGAGGCAGAGAUGCAGAAGCUGGACCUGCAGCAGAGGCGAGAGGAGCAAGAGCUGGCGGCCAUGACGGAGGAUCUUGGCCGGAUCGCGGCAGGCCACCAGUCGGAGCCGACGACCCCUCCCGAGUACAGAGACCCGAACGCCGGGUUCCCCAACAUAUUCUCGAGGCCGAACCGAUACUCGACCUCGAGCCUGGUGUCGCCCCCGGGCCUGCUGUACAACCGGCCCGGACGAUCUGGUUCGCAGCUGGCCUCACCUCAGUCGGGCGGCGGCAACCUGCCGUUGACGCGCGGCUUCGCCUUUGACGACCAGCUGCCGGCGCGCUCCAUGCCCGGCACGCGCAGGAACAGCGACGAAGACGAGAAGGAGGAGGCUGUCCGGCAGGACCCCACGAGCCACCGGUCAACGAACGCCUUGAAUCGCUAUUCUAUGCCCGUUACUCGCUCGAGGACAGGAUUCUACGACCUUGGCCUCGACCAGACCAACACAACGCGGUUCCUCUUUGGUGACGAGGACAACACUGGCGACAUGAGCCAGUUCGCCAACACCGACGAGAGUUUCCCGACUCUGACUAGGCACGAGAUGUCGGCCGCUGAGCUUCAGAUGGAGCAGGGCGUUGGCGAUAGCUGGAGCCAGGUCAACCGCCACCGGCAGCAGUCGCUGUCGUCCAUCACCAAUGGCACCUCAUCUGCUGUGUCGGCUCAGCAGGGUACUUCGGAGCUUUCAGGCAUGACGGCGAUCACGAGCAACUCUUCGCUCCGCCGCUCCUUCGACAUCAAGUCAAUGGACAUCAACAAGUACUACGCUGACACGGCCAGCGACGCCUCAGUUGCGCCUGCUCAGCAUGUCAUUGCAUCGCCUCCCAAGCUUCAGUCCUCGUACUCGGCGAAUGACGUGCCCACGGUUAAGAGCGCCGCAGGCACUGCUGCCGUCAUGGGCGCCACGGCCAACAACCAUGCCAAUCAGCAUUUUCACAAUCACAAUGCCAGCAUCGGCCGCAUCCCGGCUGGUGUCAUGCACCAUCGCCACAGCCGUGAGUUGUCGGGCGACAAUACGGUGAAUGUUGCCGUGAGCCGUGAGGGCGGCGCGGCUGGACCUUACGCAUCAAUUGGCUCUGCUCUGCACACCAAUGCCAUGCCCUACGGCGCCGGUCCCAUGGGCCCUGUGUCUCAGGGCGGCCCUGCUCCAGCCAUUCCCACGACGGGCCCGGCUCAGGCCAUGCAAGCUCACCAGUACUCCAACGGUGGCUUCUUCCAGAGCGGCGGACAGACGUAUCCCAGCCUGAGCAAUGCCGUGACUACCUACCCCAACGGCCUGCCUCUGCUUGCCACCCAGCUGGCCAGCAUGAGCCUCAGCGCUCCCUCGUCGCUGUACCCCAACCAAAACUACACGGGCUACGGUAACAUCUACACGCAGCCUGCUACGCGCGACAGCCAGGCGCGCGUCAUCCAAAACCGUCGCGCGCUGGAUAACGAGGCUAUGAAUCGCUUCAACAACCUGUCGCUCGAGCAGGUUGGCGGAACCAUCUAUGAGCUGUGCAAGGAUCAGCACGGCUGCCGUUAUCUGCAGAAGCAGCUCGAGAACCGUCAGCCCGAGCAUGUGCACAUGAUCUGGCUCGAGACCAACCAGCACGUGGUUGAGCUGAUGACGGACCCGUUCGGCAACUACCUCUGCCAGAAGCUGCUCGAGUACUGCAAUGAGGAGGAGCGGACGGUUCUGAUCCAGAACGCGUCGCAGGACAUGGUCCGCAUCGCUCUCAACCAGCACGGCACGCGCGCUCUGCAGAAGAUGAUUGAGUUCAUCAACACGGAUGAGCAGGUCCAGAUCAUCAUUGAGUCUCUACGCAACCGCGUGGUCGAGCUGAUCCAGGACCUCAACGGCAACCACGUGAUCCAGAAGUGCCUGAACAAGCUCAACUGCACGCAAUCGCAGUUCAUCUUCGAUGCCGUCGGCAAGUCGGCCAUCGAUGUUGGCACUCACCGCCACGGCUGCUGUGUGCUUCAGCGUUGCAUCGACCACGCUUCGGGCGACCAGAAGGUGUGGCUGAUCCAGCGCAUCACCGAGCACGCCGUCGCGCUCGUCCAGGAUCCCUUUGGCAACUACGUUGUCCAGUACAUCAUCGACCUGAACGAGCCCAGCUUCACCGAGCCGCUUGUGGGAAUGUUCCGCGGCCGCAUCAGUGCUCUGUCGCGCCACAAGUUCAGCUCAAACGUGAUUGAGAAGUGCCUGCGUUGCGCCCAGGACGGGUCCAAGGACAUGAUCGCCGAGGAGAUUCUCGCUCCCGGCGAGAUCGAGCGCCUGUUGCGCGACUCGUUUGCAAACUAUGUCAUCCAGACCGCUCUUGAGUACUCGACUCACUACACCAAACAUCGCCUGGUGGAUGCUAUCCGGCCCAUACUGCCCAACAUCCGUGCCACGCCCUAUGGUCGUCGCAUCCAGGCCAAGAUCCAGGCCUUUGACAGCCGCAGUGGCCAGUCUAGCGGCCAGGUUACGCCUUCGGACAGCACCCAGGGUCAGAUUCCUGUCAACCCGCCGUCCCACAACCGCACCAUGGGCGGUAGCAAUGUUUCAAUCCUUGCUUCGGGUGGUUUCGCCAGCGGCAUCACUCUCAGCGGCCUCAACGGUGCUGGCAACGGUGUUCGUGGCUCGCAGCAGCCUUCGUCGGCAUUCCCCUCGUCGAAUGUCAUCACGGUGCCGGCUCUGCAGCAGCUGGCGCAGCUGCCUGCCCCGUCUGUCCGGGCUGCUCCCCAGUUUGCGCCGCCCCAGUACGGUCGCAUCAAUCAGCAUGCGCAGCAGGUUCACCAGCCGCAGGGCCAGCAGUUCCAGCAGCCUGCCCAGAUCCCGAGCGGCCCUCCUGGCAUGGGUGAGAACGGCGAGCAGACCUGGGUCUAGAGCUGUUUCCUGUCGUGCCCAGCCCUCCUGCAUGUGCCUCUCGUCUCCCUUCUGACACGAUCGGUGUUUCCCUUCUUUGUUGUUGUUUCUUUUACACAGCCACGACGCCCACGACACGUAAAUGAGACUUUACGAGGGGCCCUCUUUCAUGCCCGCCUCACCUAUUUCGAGCAUAAGCAGUCAGUCAAGGGGAAGUGAGAAAAGGAAUCACGACUCUUCCUUUAACCUCACUUCCCUUUUUGUCCGGCUCUGCUUUGUUGUACACUAUUCAAGGCUCGACAGCGACCGGCAUCUUGCGUCUCCCAUACUUGCCCUCAAUAUUCUCUUUUUUUCCCCUAUCGAGGUGGUCCUUGACCUCCACCACGGGUUGCCCUUCCCAUGCUCAGACAGCAAGGACUUGAUCAUCCCUGUUGCCCCAAGAGAGGUCAGCUGUGUGCUCUGUCUCGCCGCCCCCGGCGGGAUGGCUCGCUCGCUUGCUUUUCGGGAGCUGGGAUCGCCUCUCGCUUGUACACGUGUAUCAACCACCUGACAACGCUGCUACAACGGCACCCCUUCGGAUAGAACUUUCGGGUAUUCCUUUUUUCUACAGCUCUCUUCGGUCUUUGUUUUUCUGACGCUCUUCCUUCUCCUGUCUUUUUGUCUUUCCGAGCUUGAGCCAUUUCUUUCACCUUGAUUCUUCGGUUCUUGCGUCAGGGCAUGGCUUCCGCUGCCGGCUAUUCUACUUCUGCCCUCGCCAACACCACUUUUCGAUAUGAUGGGGUUCACUUUGGGAAAGCCACACCUACAAAGGUGGUUCUUCGGGACUUGGCUCUUUUGAAUCAACCGGGUGGAUACGGUACAACUCUUGGUUGGGCAUGCCAUUCUGUCCCUUUGUUGGCGGCAGACCUGCAGUCAUCACGACGGCUGGGAGUGGUUUUUUUCAUCCUUGGUCUUCUCUUCUGGGAUUUUGUCCUUGUUGUCUUUUUUUUUUCCCCACAUGAUCUCCGCGCAUUUGCUCGAGGGAGAGCUAUAAUUCUGGGACUGGAUUUUUUUUUCUCUCUUCAGGGUCGCAGCGCACGCACUAUUCGUCAAGUUUUUUUAAAAUGCGGAUUUCCCUUCUUUUCAUCCUCAUUUCUGCUUCAUCUGCAAAGCACGGAAAAACAUGGGAAAGGUGGUUUCGUCAUUUUGAGGAUGGAUGAGAGGAGGGAGGAAAUGGGAACGGCACACACAAUCAAUGUAGUCUAUGUAACGUACGUAGGAAAGCAGAGGCUCUCUAGGGACUCUUGCAAAAACGAGAUGGGGCUUUUCUCUCGACUGAGCGGGUU